GAUUACUCACAUUUCGGCCGAAAUAAUUCCGUGCGACGCUAACACUAUUUCUUUUUCUCUCUUUCUUCCUCCUUCCCUUUUUCGCCUUUCCUAGGUCCACCCAGGUAGCCCACGGUCCAGAUGGCAAGUUUCAAGUCAACAUCGUCCGCUCGAGCGCAGCGAUCGCCCUUGGUCGCGUUGGCGCUGUCGCUGUGGCUGCAGUGGUUCGCCAGCGUGGCCUGUGCCGACGACCCGAGUCCGGCCAUCUAUCCUGGCCAGGCGAACAUCGCGCUGAUGAUGCCGCUGCGAACCGCGGUGAGAAACGGCACCAGCGACGCCGCGGCGGGAUCUGGAAACGGUGGAGACGGCGCGUGUGGCUCCCUGGACCCGCGCCGGGUGCGGCUCGCCCUGGCCGGAGUCUGGGCGGCGCAGCAAGCGAACUUCAGGAAGGCCCCGUCUGACUUCAACCUGGGCGUCUACCUGUACGACACCUGCGGGAGCGACAACGUGGCCCUGCGGCAGAGCGUGCGCGUCAUCCACCAGGCGGGACACGUGCGCUCCAUGGCCUGCCCCACCACGAGGGUGCCGCCCGUGUUCGGUGCCAUACUGCAGGGCGAACUGGAUGCCGUCGAGACGGCGGCCAAGACGCUCGCCUCCUUCUCCAUACCGGCGGUGGCCGCCAGGGACGUUCCAGCCGACAGCGUCCGCAGGCUGCGCAACCUCUACAGCACCGCGCCGGCGGCCACUUCGCUCGCAAGGGCCUUGGCGAGCACACUGCGCCGGCUGGGCUGGUCGUACGUGGCCGUGAUGUCAGCGGCGGAGGACAGGCCCCGCGAGCUGUCGCGGGCUUUCCUGCGCGUGGCCCGCGACAUGGCCAUCGACAUCAUGAACGCCGACGCACCCGGGGGCUUUUCCUACCAGCAGGUGCAGGAGGCGCUGGGCUCCACGAGGCAGCUCGUCCAGAAUGGCUGCCGCGCGGCUGCGCUGUUCGUGACCCCCGCCGAGGCCAAGGCGUUCCUGGUGAGCUACGAGCCCGACCCUGACGCCGCCUUCUCCUGGGUCCUGGUGACGCCCGGAGACGUGACGGCCUCGCUGGGCGGGUUCCUGACUACGCACAAGCUGCGGCGCCUGCGUCACGUGCUCUUCGCGGCUCCCGACGAUGCGCAGCGCCCGUCCGAGUACGGCGACUACCUGCGCGACCUGAUGGACAGGGACGGGUCGGCGCCGCUGCUCCAGGAGCUGCGCAAGACGUACUCCAGGAACGACGUGGUCCGGCGCUGGGACGAAGAGAUGAGCGACAGCGCGGACGCGGUGGCCGUCAUCCGCGCCGUGUGGGCCAUGGGCGCCGCCCUUCGCGCCGUGCAGCGGGUGCAGUGCGGCCGCGGCACCGACUGCCUGUUCGGCGGCCGCCAGGGACUCAGCGCGUCCGUGCUCGAGGCGCUCGACUCGCUCAACUUCAGCAUGGCCGGCGCCGGAGUCGCUUCGCUCAGCGACACGCCGCUCAAGUUCUCGCACGAGAGGCACGUGGCCACGCUCAAGUACGCCGUCAAGGCCGUCUCCACCAACGGCGAAGUGCUGCAGAUAUCCGGCUACAUGGACGAUACUGGCCUCGAAGUGGACGAUGUCCUGGUGCCGACCCGAGGCCCCGUUAUACGAGGAUCCGCCGUAGAAGCCGGCAAAACCAGCAUCAAGCCGUCCACCAGGCAGCGCUCGUCCAACCUGCGCUCCAGCAACCUGGAGAUCCAGAACGAGGGCGAGCCUCAGCCGCUGGACAACGACGCCACCAGCUCGCCGCCGCUCUCGCAGACGGCCUCUGACGAGGACUACGGAGCGCUCGCCGAGAAGGCGCCCACGGCGUCCGGAGCCGUGCGACUGACGAAGCCCAAGCUCUACACCAUAUGGAUGGCGAAGCCCUGGACGCUGGCCAUCGUCAUCAUGUCUGGCAUCGGGAUUCUUCUCAGUGCCUACGUCGCGGUCUUCCUCCUGAUGAAGCUUUGCGAGGGCGUCGUGCGCAAGGGCCACCAAUUGACGUCACUCCUGCUGCUACUCUCGGUGGUCAGCCUCUUCUUGUCGGCGCUUCUGUUUACCUUCCGGCCUAGGCCCCGCCUGUGCGCCAUCCAGCAGUUGGCACACCACAUCAGCUACGCGUUCGCGUUUGGCGCGCUGCUACUCAAGGGAAUGCACUUGAACACCAUGCAGAGCACCGGACUCGGGGGCCGUGCCAGCGGUCUCAACCAGCUGCUCACCAUAUGCUUCCUCGUAGCCGUCCAGCUGGCGCUCGAGGCGCAGGCCUGGAUGCUCUCUCCGCCUCGCUGGUGCCGGCUGAACCAGGCGCGGUUCUUGCUGCACCAGGCCUAUCCGUGCGUGGUGCUGGCCCUCGCCGUGCUCAUGGCCUUUCGGACGCGCAACUGUUCUUAUCACCGACGCGACGCCAGAAGCCUGUUGUGCACCAGCCUCCUGGCGGUGCCGAUCCUCGCGGCGGGACACACGGCGUUCCUGCUGUUGGGGCCCGGAGAACAUCAGAUAGCGGCGCUCAGCUUUGCGCUCAUCGCCACGGGGUUCCUGAUUCUCGUAGGCAUCUUCGCUCCGUACCUCAGGGCCCUGCACAAACGGGGCGGCUACGGCCACAAGCCGCUAAGCUACUCGGACUCGUCGGCGUCCGCCUUCACCACCUUCCAGCACCACCAUAAGGACAGCGGGUCCACGAUGCCCGAGUGCUGCUACGUUCGCGGAGGCCGAGCAGUCACCAUCGUGCACCAGUCCAACAGAACUGGUGCAGGGCCGUCUCAUCAUGUCAGGAACCCGCUCUACAUUCCAGGGUCUGCUUACCCUUAGGUGCCGGGAACUUCGAAACGGUCGUGCGACCGGCACGCCGCAGGCAGACAGGACUGCGCGAAGCGCGCUCUCAGGGCUCAAGCCGAGCCUGUGACUCUCCUUCAUUUUCUGUGGAGAGACAUGCGGUUCAACAUCCCACCUCUCUCGACGGGUUUAAAUAGCCGUGAACUGUGAUAACGCAAGGCUGUAUACCUUUGUCAGUGAGCGACAUCUUUGCCGGCUUUGAAAGCGCUGCUCGCCUCUUUGAGGACAACGUGUUCCUGUGACAGACUGUGACCGUGUCGCAUGAUUUCUCAUAUGUGCCCACGUCUAAGGCUGGGUUAAGGGAGAGCCAUAGGUGCUGCAGCCCCGGACCUCAACCCCUGAGAUUAGGCGUAAGGGGGCCAGGUGUAUCACGAUGUGCGAGAACGAGGCCCCUAUAGUCGCCCUUGAUCCACCCAUCCGCCUCUGUAAGGAGCUGUGAAGACUAUAGCGAAAAGCUUUCUUUCCUUUCUUCUUCUUUUUCUUUUUUUCUUGUUUUGUUUUCUUCUUCCAAGAUUAUUUUUCGUUUUGCGUGCUGGCGCUAACCAGUGAGAUGAGUGCAUCUUUGUGCCUAAACGAUGUGCCUAAACGAUGUGCCUAAACGAUGUGCCUAAACGAGACAUCGCUAUAGAAUAUUUUCCGCGUUAUGUUACAGGUACUCCGGAUGCGCAUUUAGGCAUAGACAAUGUUUUGCUUCGUAAGGCGCUAACGUAUGUUUUCGCGAACACUGUUGACAAAGCGUGCCGACAACAUUUGUGCGCGAAGGCAUGUAGUGUAGGAAGUAAUUCUUUGUGUCAUAGAACAUCCUAUGUAUAGACCCCAGCGCAGCUGCAUACAGCGCGAUAACGGUGCGUGCAGAAGUGCAUUUGCGCUGUGUGCUGUAGGCUAAUGGUUCGAGAUAAAUUACUUUUGCGCAUGCAUCGUCAGACACAAGCUCGUGCUUUUCGCUACGCAACUGACUCGUACUGCUCCUAUUUAACAGCUGCACCGUCCAACGCGAGGCGAGCCAGAGCAGUCACAAAGGUGCAAGCCCGGGACAUGUCUUAUCGCCUGGCGUGACAGAUGAAUCAUCGCUCACUGCAGCGGCUGACUUAAUAAAUCUGAUGAUGCUGAUGAUGAUAAUCAAAUUCCCCUAAGAAACAUGGCGGUGGCAUGUAUCACUACCUUCCAGAACACUAUUUACAUUGAUCAACUUUAAUGUCAUAUUUCCACUCCUCUAGUCUAUAAUAAGCGCAAGAUCAUGCACCAGUUCUUAUUCGAGGAGGAAGGAAAAAGUGGAGAAGGAAGGCAGGGAGGUUAACCAGUUUAGCUUAACCGGUUUGCUACCCUACACAUGGGAGUGGGAUGGGGGAGAUGAAAGAUGGGAGGAGAGAGAGCACAUAACAGAGCGAACACAUCGUAGUUCUUAUUCGACGUUACUUUGAAAGAUUGGUGGAUAAAAGUGGAGAAGAAUCAGACUUCUCCUGUUAAUGUUGAACGAGCUGAUUUUUUUACUAUCUCAUUGCCGUCUUUAAUUUCUAAGGCUUCGUGGAGAGUGAUGACAUUUUUAGUCCAAAUGAAAGACGGCGUCGUAGAGAGGUACGAGACAAUAGUAUAUUGCCGACCGUGGCUUGGAGGCGCUUCCACAAAAUGAUUUGCUUUCCGUAUCGCAAGGGACUACUGUGCUACUUGUGACGACUGCAGCAGCGAGGUAAACUAUCGAACGUGUUUUUUGCCGACCUCCUCGCCAUAGAGUGCACGGACACUCAUUCCCGACGGCGUUGGUCUGUCUCGACUACUCGUCUUUUUCGCAACAAGCAAUCCUGGGGGGCCACGAAACGUUCUUCACGCCAGAAGUCGGUGAAGGCGCUAUUGAAGUUUUUUUUAUACGUUAGAGUUCCCCAUUAAGGAGAUUGAUACGCCUGGGCGUUCCCCACCACCUUUUUACUUUCUUUCGCACGCUUUGCUUCUUUCUCCACUGUUUUUCCUUCUUUCUUUCCCCUUUACCCUUCCACCUGCCUAGGGCAGCAAACCAGAAGCUUCUUUGCAAAUUAACUUCCCUGACUUUUACAUCUCAUUUAUCUCUCUCUCACUCUCUCGGUGAGAUAUUUAUCUACUUCGGGAUGUACACCCUGGAAUUGUAACAAGGUUUGUGCAAUUGUCUCGGCAGUAAUUAUACACGAUACGCACAAGUAGUCUCUUUGGGAAAACGUCUGUUUUUCGUAACUUCGCGUUCCUAGAUAGCCUGCCUCAAAAGGAAGCACAGAGGGCAACGCCUCCAGUGGUGGCUCGCCAUUAGUGCACCGUUUGAUGAGGGAGGAAAAAAAAUUCUCUCGACCCUGCGCAUUCCACGAGAUGGCGCUGGCGCACGCUCCCGGGUUGGAGACAACUGCGCUGGGGGCAGUAUGUAGCUAUCAUUCCAUGCCCUCGCGACGUCUGUUUUUCUUCUUCUUUUUUUUGUAUUUCUUAUAACAUACACAGGAACAUUAAGCUUAGGACAUUCUUCGGGAACUUCACAGGUGCCACUGGCAGCCUCUACUAUUUGUUCCCUAAUAAACGGGUGCUGUGUGCCAUUCCUAUAGCUUUUUCACGUGGUGGAGAGGAGAAAGGUGCUGCUGAGGUUACCAAGACACGAAAGCUGUUUAUAUGCGCGCUCAAACAGUAUUACAAGUCUACCACUUGGGCGCAAACAAAGCAUGAAAUGGCGGUUUCAAAUCGCCGUUUCGUGGAACCUGUGUCGUUUCUUCUCCACUCGUCGCCUUUAUUCUCUACGGUGAGAAAAUCAGACAUUAAGGUGCGGUGAAGCUUGGUGAUGAGCUCUUGGGUAUGUAUCUGUUGUUAUAUUUCUGUAUUUUUCCUGCGUACGGAAAAGAGAAAAAAACGAAUUCGACAGUUGUCGUUGUUAUGAAAAAUAAAGUAUUAUUUUACGCACGUG